GACUUGCAGCGCUCCCCGACGCUAUAUUCCACUCCAGGAGAUCAUUCAUCAUGGUUGCUAAGAUCGCUUUUGCCGUCCUUGCCCUGGCCGCCGCUGUGUGCGCCGCGCCCGGUGCGCCCCUCGUGGCCGCCCCCGCCUACGUGAAGGCCGUCGAGCUGCACGCCCGCCCCCACUACUCCUUCAACUACGGCGUCAACGACCCCCACACCGGCGACCACAAGAGCCAGUCUGAGACCCGCGACGGCGACUACGUCAAGGGCCAGUACUCUCUGCUCGAGGCCGACGGCACCACCCGCACCGUCGACUACACCGCCGACCCCCACCACGGAUUCAACGCCGUCGUCUCCAAGUCCGGACACGCCGUCCACCCCGCCCCCGUCAAGGCAUACGCCGCCCCCGUCGUCCACGCUGCCCCCGUGGCCUACGCCGCUCCCGCCGUCGUCAAGACCGUCGCCCCCGUCGUGCACGCCGCCCCCGUCGUCGCCUACAAGGCCCCCGUCUACGCCCACGCCGCCCCCGUGGCCUACGCCGCCCCCGCUGUGCACGCCGCUCCCGCCGUCGCCUACAAGGCUCCCCUCGCCUACGCCCACGCCGCCCCCGUGGCCUACGCUGGUGCCUACGCCGCUCCCCUCGCCUACAAGGCCGCUCCCGCCCUGGCCUACGCCCACGCCGCUCCCCUCGCCCACGGCUACGGUCAGUUGGUUGUUGGGACGUCAGUAAUUGGUAAAAAGCAGUACUAUAUUAUACGCUGGCCGAUCGAUCCCACUCCCGCUCGCGCCGUUCCGAUAGGAAGUGCAGCGCGCGCGGGCCCCGAGCUAGGUAUAAAAGCGCACAAAGUCAAGAGCAAAGCAUAUUCCACCUCAGGAUACCAAAUCAUCAACAUGUGCAAGCUCGCCCUCGCCGUCCUCGCCCUGGCCGCCGCCGUGUGCGCCGAGCCUGGUGCGCCCCUCGUGGCCGCCGUCCCCGCCUACGUGAAGGCCGUGGACUACCACGCCCGCCCUCACUACUCCUUCAACUACGGAGUGAACGACCCCCACACCGGCGACCACAAGAGCCAGUCUGAGACCCGCGACGGCGACUACGUCAAGGGCCAGUACUCUCUGCUCGAGGCCGACGGCACCACCCGCACCGUCGACUACACCGCCGACCCCCACCACGGAUUCAACGCCGUCGUCACCAAGUCCGGACACGCCGUCCACCCCGCCCCCGUCAAGGCAUACGCCGCCCCCGUCGUCCACGCUGCCCCCGUGGCCUACGCCGCUCCCGCCGUCGUCAAGACCGUCGCCCCCGUCGUGCACGCCGCUCCCGCCGUCGCCUACAAGGCCGCCCCCGCCCUGGCCUACGCCCACGCUGCCCCCCUCGCCCACGCCGCUCCCCUCGCUCACGGCUACGGAUACCACUACUAGAAAAAUUGCGGUUUUGCCGCCCUCGUCGAUGAGUCUGAUCACUAUAUAAUCGCUUUAUUUUCUUGCCCUGGAGGCAAGACUCAUUUUCAAAAGCUCCAUCAUCACGAGUAUUUAAGUGCCAAUAAAAAAUCAUUUUCCUGAAA